AUGGUCCACCUCUCUCCUCUCCUCUGCAUAGCUGCAGCAGCAGCCCUCCUCUCCGCAGCAGACGCCACGCCCCUCGUCCCAAGAAACCCGACUCAUAGCAACGCCCCCGCCAAAGCCGUCUUUUUCCAGACCAACAAAUCGCCCAACUCCGUUGUUGCGCUCCCCGUCGUCGAUGCAGAUGGUAAACUUGGCGAUCCAGUCUUCCAUCCUACAGGCGGCAAUGGCGCUGCUGAACUCGCUGCAACGGGGGGUCCCAGUACCCCUGACUCGCUAGGCAGUCAGGAUAGUGUCGUCGUGGAGGGGAAUCACCUCUUCGCCGUCAACGCCGGCUCCAACCAACUCUCGCUCUUCUGCAUCCCUCCUUCCAGCCCGACAAACCUCUCCCUGGUCGGAACCUACACCACCCCCGGCGACUUCCCCGUGUCCCUGGCCGUGCAUCGCGACCUCGUCUGCGUCGCCCACGCCGGAUCCCGCGCCGGCGUCAGCUGCGCGCGCUGGACGCCCCGGGGCAUCGACCCCUUCGACGCCCUCCGCAGCUUGGACCUCAACCAGACGAACCCGCCCAGCACGUCGCGAAACCUCCUGUCAGAGACAUACUUUGCCCACGAUGGCCAGGGCCCCGUCCUCGUCGCGCACGUCCGCGGCAUCACCAGUACCACCAACAACACAAACACGGGCUUCCUGGCCACAUGGGCUGUUGACCAGCAGCAGAAGACUCAGACUCGCGUCUCAGACAAAGCGACAAUCGUCUCCCCCUCCGGCACCGCAUCCCUCUUCGGCGCCGCGCCCAUCCCGCACUCCUCGCUCGUCUUCGUCGCCGACCCGACCUUCGGCGGCGUCACCAUCGACCUGGCCCGGCCGCAGACGCCCGUCACCAAGACCGUCGUGCCGCGCCAGAAGGCCAUCUGCUGGGCGCGCCUGGGCGUCAACCACUCGACAGGCAUCCUGCCAGACGCAGGGCUGAACCGGAUCGUGCAGGUCGACCUGCUGUCCGGCGGGAUCCUCCAGGACUGGACCUCGGCGAAUGGCAAUGCCGGGAAUUUCGACUUCUCCCUCGCGGGCGACAGGCUGUAUGCCCUGGCUUUUGGCGCGGGUGAUACGACUGCCCAUGUGGCGGUGUUUGAUGUCUCGGGGUUUCCGUUCGCAGAUGUGCAGAAUGUUGUUGUCAAUGGGACGGAUAGGUUUUCGAUGGGUCUGGCUGUGUAUUCUUAG